AUGGCAACGCCGAGAACUGACCGGAAGCCGACUGCGCAGGACGCAGUGGUGAAGAACGUGGACAUGGACGAGGAGGCGCAGGCGCACGCGCUGAAGACGGCCGAGGAGGCGCUGAGCAAGUACGAAGUGGAGAAGGACAUAGCGGCGCACAUCAAGAGGGAGUUCGACCGGACGUACGCGCCGACGUGGCACUGCAUCGUCGGAAGGAACUUCGGGUCGUUCGUCACGCACGAAAAGCAGUGCUUCAUCUACUUCUACAUGGGAACGAUGGCAAUAAUGCUCUUUAAAAACGGCUGA